AUGAUGGGGGGGGAUCCACUGGGGCUCCCGCAGGAGGACAGCUUCGAGGGACUCGUGGGCGGCCUCAUGCACGACGCGGGCGUCUCCGCGGGCGUGGCCAAGAUGGGCAUCGCCGAGGUGCAGCUGAGGCCCGACGGCCUCUUUUUCCUCAGGCAGUGCGGGGCCGAGGUGAAGCAGUGCUGCAGCCUGAAGUCCGAGCGGUUCGAGAUGCUGGUGCUGGGCCCCGAGGAGUUUCUCUGCGGGGCCGAGAGCACCGAGGAGGGCCUACACCUGACCACCAACACCGGCAAGAAGCACCUGCUGAAGUGCCGGGGGCAGCUCUUCGGCCCCUGGACGGCACCCGACGGCUUCCGGAUCGUCGGCCUCCGCACCAAGCCCGACGACAGGAUUGGCAGCCGCGUGGUCGGCGUCCACCUGUGGCCCCUGCCCUCCGCGAGGAGCCACGACACAGGUGCGGCGCUGCUCUUCGCGAGCGAGCACGAGUUCCUAUACACGCUGCAGCGGCUGCUGUCGCAGGCGCAGAUCGACGUUAACGGCUUCGGUGUGGGCGGGGUCACCGGCCUCAUGAUGGCGGCGGAGAACGGAAACGUCGGAGCGAUGAGGACGGAUGCUCCUCGGCUCGAAGGCCAAGCCCAACGUCACCGACGGGGAGGGCUGGACGGCCCUCGCCUAUGCCAUUCACAGCGGCAACCAGGUCGCCGUGGAGGUGCUGCUCGAGGGAGGACCCUCGCGGUCCAGGACGGCGACUCGGGCGCCGCGCUGCGCGACGCCCUGCGCCACGAGCACAACUCCGCCGCCCGCGCGCUGCUGCGCGCCGGCUUCGGCACCGCGCCGGCCGGCACUUUCUCGCUGGAGGACCUGGGACUUCGUGGACUCCUCGAAGUGCACCCUCGAGCCACCGGUGAUGGAGCCGCCCGCGGGCGUGUUCGCCAAGCCGGUGCUCCUGGAGCUCCGCUGGCAGAGGGCCGUGGAGGAGGACGGGGAGUCGGAGCCGAGCCGCCAGACCUCUGGGGAGGAGGUCGUCCCGCCGCGCCCGUCGCCGAAGAAGUCGCAGGCCUGGCCGCCGGACCGAGGAGAAGGUCGAGCUCUUCUACACGCUGGACGGCCGCGACCCCUUUGUGGCGGGCAAGCGGUACAGGAGGCCGGUGA